GCACCUAUUUUUAUUCAUAGAAAGAUGGAAGUGUUUCUAUAUAAUUCCACGGUUUGUAGAUUAUGUGGCGAAGAAAAUGAUAAUGGAAAUUUAUUAUAUUCCUGUGACGAAAAUAAUCAAAACUUAUGUGAAAUUAUUAACUCCUAUUUACCAAUAAAGGUGGAAGAUGAUGGUGAACUCCCAAGAACUAUUUGCCCAGGAUGUACCAUUCAGUUAGAAGCCACAGUUGAAUUUCUUAAUUUAAUAAUUAAUGGACAGAAAGUUAUAAGAGAAUUGUACCAAAGAGAGAGGGAAUAUAAAAAGAGUAUUCUAAAUGGCUCAGACACAUCUGAUACUACUGAAAAAGUUUUUCAUGAAAUUAAUGCCAAUGAUGGAGUUUACCAUGCUGAGCAUCCAGUGUCCUUGCAAGUGGCGGGCCUUGAAAGGCCUAAGAGGAAACGUGGCCGGCCACCAAAGAAACCUAAAUCAGCAGAGGAACUUGCGAGAGAGGCUGUGUCAAAGUCACAAACAAGGGAGACAAAAUCUUUCAGAGAGAGAAAAGAUGAUGAGGACUUAUCAGGGAAGAGACGGAGAAAAACUCCUACUAGAUUCAAAGAAGCUGUACAGGGCAAAGAACUUGAAAGGAUAUUCCUUGAAGUAGGAGUAAUAGAUGGCGAAGAGAGUGACCAUGAAAUGAAGGUUGAUUUGGAACCAGUACCAAAGCCACCGGUCAGCAAGGAGCCGGAGGUGAUUGGACAUAUUGAGAAAUCCGGAGAACUUGUUUUAGUUGUGAAGAAUAAGGGACGCGGAAGACCUAAGGGUCGCUCGAACCAAACACGCGAGGAAUGUGCCAUAUGCGGCCUCGAGUUCAUGUCUCGAGGUCGCUACAUGUCUCAUGUCGCGUCACACGGGCCCGUUCUGUACCGCUGCGGCUGCGGCGAGGCCUUCGCCACCAGACUGCUCUUCACCGAGCACCAGACGGUAACGCACCACACCGGCCGCACCGUCGAACCGCACCCUGAGGCCAAACCUCUCAAACCAAAAGAGACGGAAACUAUCCACAAAAAAGAGAAGCUAGUCAACAACAAUACAACAUCAACACCAGCAACAAACAACCUAGAUGCUGCCACGCAGACUCAAGGUGCCCAACCAAUUCCCGCACCGCAAGUGCUGCCAGAUCUGAAGACACCAGUGGAAACAGCGCAAGUUGAUCCAUUGAAAAUAGACAGCAAUGUUACGAGUGACACAGUAACUGAAAUUCCCAUGCAAAAUACAUUGGAAGUAGUUGAUAAUACGCCCGCGACGAAGAAGAAACUCAAGUGCAAUAAUUGCGAUAAACUGUUCAGUAACAGACAGAGCAAGUCUCUACAUAAUAAGGCAGUACACCUCGGCGAGAGAAACUACGCGUGCAACGAAUGCGACGCUCGGUUUGCGUACCCACGCUCGCUCGCCGUACAUCGGGUGUCGCAUCGGCGCGCGCGACCCAACAGAGGGUUCGCCUGCGACCUGUGCGGGAAGGUGCUGAACCACCCGUCGUCGGUGGUGUACCACAAGCAGGCGGAGCACGCGGAGCAGCGGUACGUGUGCGGCACGUGCGGCAAGCACUUCCGACACAAGCAGCUGUUGCAACGGCACCAGCUCGUGCACUCGCAGCUACGCCCCUUCCUCUGCAAGGUGUGCAACGCUACGUUCAAGACGAAGGCGAACUUGCUGAAUCACCAGCUGCUUCACACCGGCGUGAAGAAGUUCACGUGCGAGAUCUGCAAGCAGAAGUUCGCGCACAAGACUAGUCUCACGCUUCAUAUGAGACUGCAUACUGGCCUGAAGCCGUUCACGUGCGGCAUGUGCGGCAAGACGUUCAGCCAGAAGGGCAACCUGUCGGAGCACGAGCGCAUCCACACGGGCGAGAAGCCGUACCAGUGCGGUCUGUGCCCGCGCCGUUUCACCACGUCGUCGCAGCACCGACUACACGCGCGCCGCCACGCCGCCGACCGCGCGCACUCGUGCCCCACGUGCAUGAAGCGGUUUGUGUCACGCAACUCUUGGGCGCUUCACGUGCGGCGCGAUAAUUGUAAUGUGAAAAAAUACGGACGUGUGGUUGAAAAUAACAAGCACCCCCAAAAACAAGUGAGUCUCCUUGUGAACGAUAAGAACAACAUGCAGUCGCAGACGCAAAUACAGCAGCACAUGCAGUUCCAGUCUCUGCAACACAAGCUGAACAUAGACGAAGAUAGUGAGGAGCGCGUCAUAUACGUCGCCUACGAUGCGGACGACUCGCAGACCGGCGCCUUCCAUAUACUAGACCCCGAACAGGCGGUGAACAUAGAGGAGAGCCGCGUGCUGAGCAGCUGCCAGCUGUACAGCGGCUCCGGGUCCUCACUGCUGGUGCCGCGACCGCUGGAGACAAUGAAGCUAGAGGCGGAAGACCUGCAAAUGGAGGAGCUACGUAUGGAGGAAGACGACGACGACGAUGGCACCAUCAACGGGGAGAGCAUACCCGUAACGGACGAGCAAGGCAACCCGCUCCACUUCACGAUGCAGGACGGCACCAAGCUGGCCAUAACUUCCAUAGACGGCAAAUCGUUGCAGGUUAUCACGCAAGACGGUCAAACUAUACCAGUGGAAAUCAACGGCUACAACGAAGAAGAAGUUCACAUCGCGGAGAGCUUGCCUCCAGAGCCAGAGGAACAGCACCUCGACAUGCACAAGUCCGUGGACGCCAGUGCUCUGCCUGUCACCCACUACUUCACCAUCAUGUGAUUUUAACACUUCACCGGUCGCACGUCGCAAAGGAUAGACAGCACACCUCGAGGCAAGAAAUAUGUUUGGGUGGGCUAUAAAAGUUUAAAUUUUAAAAGUGUGAAAACAGGGCUUUAAACCGAUUUCUACAUAAAUUAUAUUUUCGAAUUACUGUAGUAGGUUGCUGUACAUUUUCAUAGAGUAUCCGUCAUCCGUAUCAUACUACAACGAAUGCUGUAGGAUUAUUUAACUAGCGUUCCCUAACACUAUAUCUAAUAGCUUCUUAGCUUUAUUUGGUGGAAUUUCGCUGCCGCAUGGCAGACACCCAAAUGAAAAAAUCUCAGCGAGUCGAUUUCGUAUUCGUGGGCGAAACAUCGAACAGGAGCGGUCAAUCAACCCAGUCAAAGCUUUUACAAGGAAUCCGAUCAUAAACGGUACUGGAUUUCGUGCCUGGAAUAAUAUCUGAACGGAACCGUUAUUAGUUUUGUCGUCGUAAAAUCUACCAGUAUGGUACACAAAACAAAAGAGUUUUCAAGCCUUGGUUUUCAACUUCGGGCAAUUCGGGUAUACCUUGAAAUUCAUACUUUACACAACAAUGCUCUAUAUAGAAAAUGGCUGGAAAGUUAUAAAUAUAAUUCUUCUAUUUCUCUGUAAUCAGGCAACUUGAAUUAUUUCCUUUGCUAUAAGUUCCUUAAUAAGCAUAUUUUUUAAGUUUAAUGUUGUCACAAUAAUAAUUAUUAGAUAAUAAAUAAUGGAUAUAAUGUUAAACAUAAAUAUAUUUUUAAGAUAGCAACGAAUACCUUCAUUCGGUAAAGCCGUAUCUUUGUUGAAGUAAAAUAGACCUUGAAAUCGUGUAUUCAAUGAUACUGAGCUUUGGUGUUUGAGGGAACUGAAACUAUAAGAAGAUUUGAAUAAGGUCCAUUUUACUCAGACGUUACAGUGUUUCAAUACAUAACUACAAAUUAUAGCCGUUCAAAUGUUAGAAAUAUCCGUCUAGAAAUAUGUGACUUGAAUAAAUAUAUUUUUGUUACCAAAUUACUCGAACUAAUUUUACUCUUCAUUAUUCAAUCAGAAUGAAAGUAUUUUAUUACAUAACUAGUAAAACUUCUGCAGUUAUAUGUGUAAGGCAUAUUAACUCUUCAAUGGAUAGUCUGAUUUCAAUGCGGUUCUUUAAUAGGAGAUCUUUAGAGCCAACAGAAUUUUUAACUGUAUAUAUUAUAUGUAAGUUAUAAUACUUUUGUUACUUAAUUUAUUUUACUGGCUGGAGCCGUAAUAACUCUGUUGUUUUUUAUAAACAGUCUAAACUAAACCUUAAAUUGUUAAAUUGCCAACAGUUCAGAAUGUUACCCUAAUUGUUAUUUACUUUACGGCAAUUUUUUCAAUCAACGAGUAGCAACUCUUUUGAGGAAUAAAAUUGAUAAAUAUAAAAAUAACUGUCAAAACCUCACGUUUAUUCUUUAGAUUAUCGAUCAUCUGGCGUUUAAAAAUAUGCCCAAAAACUAAAAUAAAACUGUUGACCAAAGGGCGCAAAAUAGAAUCUCGCUCGACGUUGAUUAAAGGGUGCUGAAGUUAUAAUUUAUUAAUUUUAAGUUUAAUAGAACAAUUAAUCAUAUACGUGUAUAUGAUUAACCUGCACGAGUUAUGAAUUGGAAUUUAUCCAUGCGUGCUAGUUUAAGUUGAUCUCGAAAUAUGUACAUUUUAAAAUUAUUAAGCUCCACGAUUUGGAGGAUUGUUUUAAGUGUUUCAAGUAUUUUCUAUACACAAAUAAAUGUAACUAAUGCAAAAUU